GACUUGAAAUCAUUUGGGUUCAGUUCUGUAUUGCUUUGUUCAUACCAGCGAACUCAAGAAGUGGUUUUCAACUUGAUCUAGUGGUGGCUCUUAUGAUCAGAGGGCGAUUUGGAAUGAUGCGGAGGGUUUUCUAGUUUUUUCUUCUUGUUGCAGAUCAUGGAGGUUCUGUGGCGUGGAUUUUCAGGAAGAUCUAAGAUCAGCGUUUUGAUGCGAAAGGUUUUGAAAGAAGGAAGCAGGGAGAUUGAGGAUCCUAGCAAUCACGGGAAGACAAAAUAAUUAUUUUAUUUUCAGCGAACUACUUGAGGUCAGGGGUUGUGUACCAUAAAGUUUUGUCGGUAGAGUUUCUCCAAGAUGGGAACUAAACAGUGUACAGCUAGUGUUCUUGAAGCAUUGAUGGGAUUUGAGGAGCAGCAAUCUGCGCACCAUGUCUCACGGCAUUCUAGAGUUCUUUCUGAGGGUUAUUUACAAAGGGCUGCUUCUAUUGGAGUCCCGAAGAAGAAACCCCCCUCCAAAUGUCAUCCAUUUAGGACGACCGUAGAAGAGCCAAUAGAACUCUUUAAUACUCUCGAUGUAGUAGAUAGCUUCAAGAGUGAUAUCAGUUGCAACGAAUUAGGGGUUAGGGAGAAGGAACACUCUGCUUUAUCAUCAGCAUGUAUGCCACUUACACGACAUAACUUCAUGAGAGUCGAGCACUUUCCAACAGAUAAGAUGAUACAGACUUCAAAUGAUCUUCAAGAAUUACCAGAAGUUACUGAUUCUAUGGACAUCUCACCGAGACCUACAAGAGAAAAGGAAUAUAUAUUCAACCAUGUCGAGAAUGGACUCAGUCUGUCAAAGUCACAUUUUACAUUGACACGAGGAAUUAAUGAUGCAGGCACUAAAUUUACGAACAGGAAACAAGGACAAGCAUGCGCGUAUGAUGAUUUUGAUCUUUUGAAGUCUUCAAUACCCCUUUUGGAGUGGAAAGAUAAAUUAUGCUUUUCUUCCUCCUCACUGACUUCUUUGAAAGGCUCGCAUUUAGUUAGCGAGAAAUGCAAAUAUUUUCAUGGUUCUCAAAAUGGAAAGCAUAUGGCUAAAGAAAAAGAAAGAAAGACUAUGGUAUGUGUAGUAGAGCCCAUCAAGCAACCAUCUCAAGUUUCAAGGAUUCUUGAUGUAAGCGGGAGAAAAACAAGGCAUGAUUUUGUCAAUUUGCAAAUGAAGGCAUCAAGAUCAGAAUCCAUAUAUGACGAUGUGCAUAGAAAAGAAACUGAAUUCAGAACGACUUUUUCCCCAGGUUUAUCUAAUUUGAAGGCUGAAUAUAAGCAUUCCUGUUGCUUUUCAGUUGAGUCGUACAAAGCCAGAGGAUUCAGGGAGGACAUCGAAGAACAAAAGGAGACUCAAAAGUUGAUUCUUUCUAGGCAAGGUAGCAACAAAGGUGAAAUGCCUAUACUACAUCAUCAUGCAACUUUGCCCAACGAUUUGAAUUGCAAGCCAGUGAAGUAUGAUUUCCAGAAGCAUGUUUGUUCGAAUAAGGAACAUUUGCAUUCUGGCAGUCCCUUGUGCUUGAGCUGCAAGGACGAAAGACUAGAUCAAGUCAGUAAAAACUCCCACAGAUUGAGAUUUUGUUCUGCUGCUACUGUGACUACAAAAAGAUCUAGAACCAGGAGCAGAUAUGAGUCCCUUCGAAAUACAUGGUUUUUAAAGUCUGAAGGUUCUGCUACUUGGCUACAAUGCAAACCAUCAGAUAAAAGUUCUGAUGGAAAAGAUGCUUCAGACCCUACCUUGAAAUUGGGCUCUAAGAAGUUGAGGAUUUUUCCUUGCCCUGAAUCAGCAAGUGGUCACAUUGUCGAUGAUGGCUGCAUUGUUGUGGGUCAUCUGGAGACCAGAGUUGAGAAGAAGAGCCUUUGUAAUCAGCGUUCUAUAAAUUCUCUAUCAUCAAGGAACGAUGUUGUCUUUUGCGCAGAGAACAAUCCAAAUAAGGCAAUUGAGUGUUCUUUGAAGAGUGAUUAUCCAGAUGAUAAUUUUUCAGGUAUGGCUUCUAACGUAUUGGCUGUAAAGACUGAUGACGCGGAGGUCCCUACUGUGGACAAACAGGAACCUGAUUCAAUGUCCUGCAGUAUUUCAGAGACUGAUGGUGAUUCAUCUACCAACUCUUUUCGUACCACAUGUCGUUCCAUUCAACAGGAAGCAUCGACCAUAUUUGAUAAGGAAGGUCCUGGCUUUGAACACUACCCUUGCAAAGAGCUAGAUUCUAUUGUGAGUUUGGAGGAGGCUUAUCAACCCAGCCCAGUUUCAGUUCUUGAACCACUUUUUAAAGAAGAAACGAUAUCAAGUUCUGAAUCCUCAGGCAUUAACAGUAGAGAUUUGAUGAUGCAACUUGAACUACUGAUGUCAGACUCCCCGGGAUCUAACUCAGAAGGACAUGAAAUGUUCGUAUCAAGUGAUGAUGAUGGUGGUGGAGAAGGAUCUAAAUGCAGCUCUGAAGAAAUUGAUGACAUAAUGAGCACAUUCAAAUUCAAAGAUAGUAGGGAUUUUUCAUACCUUCUUGAUGUCUUAAGUGAGGCAGGCUUGUAUUGUGGAAACCUGGAUAAGGGUUGUGUUUCAUGGGAUGGUCAGGAACCUCACGUGAUUAGCCCUUCAGUCUUCGAAACCUUAGAGAAGAAAUUCGGUGAACAAACUUCUUGGAGAAGAUCAGAAAGAAAGCUUCUCUUUGACAGAAUAAAUUCUGGGCUAAUAGAACUCUUUCAGUCAUUAGUUGGUGUGCCAGAAUGGGCAAAGCCUGUAUCAAGAAGAUUUCGGCCUUUGCUUGACCGGGAAAUGGUCGAGGAAGAACUAUGGAUCCUGCUGGAUAGCCAAGAAAGGGAACUGAACAAAGAUCUAGUAGAUAAGCAGUUUGGAAAGGAGAUUGGGUGGAUUGAUCUCGGAGAGGAGAUUAAUUCUAUUUGUAGAGAACUAGAGAGAUUAUUGAUCAAAGAGCUUCUUGCAGAGUUUGGUAUCAUUGGAUUCUUAUGAACGGUAUGAUAAUAUAUGGUUAUGGAUAAACAUUACCAUACAAAAACAAAGAUUUUUUUUUUUUUUUUUUUGAAGCAAAAGAAAAAGAAAAAGUGAGCUAUAUAUUUGUGCAUAGGAAAAUUUUUGAUCCAGUUGAAGUGUUCGAAGAGUUUGUAUUCUUUUAUUCAUGAGUGGAAUUAGAGUUUGUUGUUGUCAACUGUGACAGAUUGAUGUUAUUUUUAUGCAUCAAAAUUUUUGUGAUGCCAUUAUUUGUGUAUAGAUUACCUUUGUGUUUC